CUCAAUCGUGUUUGAUAGAUUGCUCAAGGAUGCUGAACGCGUUCUUCAGUCUGCUGAUGAAAUUUUUAAAAGAAAGCAAACGACAGCAACAGACGAUGCUGUAAUAAUUGCAUUGCUUCUUCAAUUCAUUCUAAUAUUGAAAAGCAAACGUCUCAAACGAAAAAGAAGACGCCUGUCAGCAAGAAAAAUGUCGAGAUUCCAAAUUUUCGAUCAACGAAGAAAAAGUUUGUUUUAAAGAGACUUCAUUGCGAAAUAUUUACAGAGGAAAUACAGAAUGUGAACGAAGCAUACAAACAUAAAUGUUAUAAUGACAUUGACGUGCAAUAUUUGUCCACUGAAGGAAAUAUGAUAAGAAUUAAGGAAUCGGCGUACUUUCCUGAGAACAACAUAGAGAUUGAAAGUUUGAAAUAUUUAGAUGAAGAUCGAGAGUUGUUUAGCAAUGAAUCUGCAUUUGUCACUGAUAAUGAACCGACGCUAUUCUCGCAGGAUAAUGCAGACGAUGAAUACUUAGAUGCUGAUAAAAAGGUGUUGCAGAAGAACAAGAAGGCAUCUCCAGUUCUUACAUUAAUAAUUGAUUUUCCUCCGAGGAAGUCAGCUUGUGCAAUGAGAAAACUUGUGAACAAAGUACAUGACUUCUGCGGCAAAGAAAUUGCGAAUGAACAAAAGUUAUCACACGAUAUUGAAUUAAACGAGGACGGAAUAGCAUAUUCCAGCGAGAAAAAUUUAAUCGUUCUUAUAGAAAUGGUGAAAGAGUAUCCAUGUCUCUGGAAUUAUCGUUUGCCAGUUGGAGAAAGGAACCAGUGCGUAACAUCCGCUGCAUGGAUAAAGAUUGCUAGUCACUUCCUAGGUUGGACUCCUCAAAUAGCUCGUCAGCAAUUCUCGAGUUUAAAAUCAACGUUCAUCCGGCGGAACGUGAUGGCACGCAGUGGAUCAGUAAGCGCGAGACAGAAACCUUGGCCAUGCGAUAAAUGUUUUCAGUUCUUGAAAGAUACAAUGUCUCCUUGA